AAAGAAGCAUUCUUGUUUACGGCUGGAAGACAUUGAUAAUAUCAGUAAAGAGAUUUGAGAGUGUUGUAUAGUAAAUUUGAGAUCGAUCAUGAAUCAAACGCUUAAAUCGUUGUGUGAAAUCGGCGGCGUUCAAACAAGCCAUAUUUUUCAGCAGAACACGAAGAUAACCCAUCUGGGUAAACUGGGUAAAAUUGAAGAAGCGAUCAAGGUAUUCAUCCAAAUGCCUUGUAGAAAUAUUGUAACUUACAAUUCAAUGAUAUCUGCAUACGCAAAGAACAGCAGAAUCGGAGAUGCACGCCACCUGUUUGACAAAAUGCGCCACAAGAAUCUAAUUUCAUGGAACACCAUGAUUGCAGGAUACUUACAUAACAACCAAGUUACCAAUGCCCGUGAACUGUUCGAUAGAAUGCCGCAGAGAGAUAACUAUACUUGGACUUUAAUGAUCACAUGCUACACUCGUAAUAUGGAACUUAACAAAGCUAAAGAUUUGUUCAAUUUGCUUCCUGAUAAGAACAAUAUUGCUUGUUGGAAUGCGAUGAUUGCAGGGUAUUCGAAGAACAAAAUGUACGAUGAUGCAUUACGAAUUCUCUAUCAAAUGCCUAAUAAAGACUUUAUGUCAUGGAAUUCCAUGCUUUCUGGAUACACCUCUAAUGGAGAAAUGAACUUUGCUGUAAAUUUUUUCAAUGAAAUGCAACACAAGGAUGUUGUUUCGUGGAAUUUAAUGGUGGAUGGAUUUCUUGAUAUCGGGGACCUGAAUUCAGCUUGGGAUUUCUUUCAGAAUAUUCCAAAUCCAAAUGCGGUUUCUUACGUGACUAUGAUGUGUGGAUUUGCGAAGAACAAUCAAACAACAGAAGCUCGUAAGCUUUUCGAUCAAAUGAGAAGUAAAAACAUAGUUUCCUGGAAUGCAAUGUUAUCGGCCUAUGUAAAUAACUUCCAAAUUGACGAAGCAGUUCGUCUGUUCGACGAAAUGCCUCAAAGAAACGUCAUUUCGUGGACAACUAUGAUUAACGGGUACAUUCGCAUAGGAAAGAUUUGUGAAGCAGAGAAACUAUCAGACAUGAUGCCAUAUAAAGAUAUUGAAGCUCAAACCACAUUAUUAUCGGGAUAUAUUCAACAUGGAAUGUUGGAUCAGGCGCGAAAAACAUUUGACAACAUAAAUACCCGAGAUAUCGUCUGUUGGAACACAAUGAUCGCCGGCUACGUUCAUUACAAAAGAAUGGAUGAAGCUGUCUUCCUGUUCGAGAAAAUGUAUCGUAAAGAUAUAGUUACAUGGAAUACCAUUAUUGCAGGAUAUUCACAAGCCGGGCAAAUGAAUAAAGCAAUAGAAAUUUUCGAGAAAAUGGGGCGAAAGAAUAUAGUUUCAUGGAAUUCCUUAAUUUCUGGUUUUAACCACAACGGUUUGUGCGAAGACGCUCUUCGAAUCUUUUCUUUGAUGGCUCGUGAUGACAUGAAGCCUGAUCAGUCCACGUUUGUUUCGACCUUGAGUUCUUGCUCGAGUCUUGCAUUUUUACAAUUUGGUAAACAGUUACAUCAGAUUUCUUUGAAGACUGGAUAUACGAACGAUCGAUUUGUUAGCAACUCGUUAAUCUCCAUGUACGCUAAAUGUGGACAGGCUGUAUCUGCUAGAAACGUGUUCCACGACAUCGGAACAACCGUCACCGAUGUAAUAGCGUGGAAUAGUUUGAUUUUUGGGUAUGCUUUAAACGGGUGUGGAGAGAACGCGAUAAUGUUAUUAGAAGAUAUGUUGAUUGAAGGAGUUAAACCGGAUCAUGUAACUUUUCUCGGGCUACUAUCUGCAUGUAAUCAUUCUGGAUUAAUCGAUUCGGGUUUGAAAUUAUUCAAUUCAAUGUUGAAUAAUUACGGGCUGGAACCAUUGGAAGAGCAUUAUGCAUGCGUAAUCGACUUGCUUGGAAGAGCAGGAAGAUUGGAGGAGGCUUUUGAAAUGGUGGGAAGAAUGAAAACCGAGGGUAGUGUUGGAAUAUGGGGUUCUUUACUUAGUGGUUGUCGAUUGCAUAAGAAUUUAGAAUUGGGAAAAGUUGCUGCUAAAAAGUUGUCUGAAAUUGAACCUUGUAAAGGUUCGGAUGUUGUGCUUUUGUCGAGUUUGCAAGUCGAGGCUGGGAGAUGGUGCGAAGCCGAGAGGACAAGGAUGUUGAUUGAAGAAAGGAAAGCGAGAAAAGAAAAAGGAUGUAGUUGGAUUGAGGAUAAGAGACAGUUAUGGUCUUUUCCUUGUUAUGAUGAUUAUGUCUUACAAAAUACAGAGAUUUUGGGUAUUCUGAAAACUUUGAAUGAACAUAUAAGCAAAUUUGAUUAUGCAGCUGAUGAGACUGCAGUUUGUUCAUUUCCAAAGCUGAGAUAUAUGGAUUAAAUGACCAAAUGGGGAGACUAGGACAACAAGAGAGGCAGUUUAAAGCAGAAUGUGUUGACAAUGAGUACCCGAUACCGUUGGUACACAAUGGUCGGAUUCGGAUAUUUUAAAUCGGGUAAUGUCUUGACAGUAAAAUUGUCCAGAAAUUGAUGUAAUGUAUAAAUUCUUUAGUGAUCUAUCAAAUGAUAAUUUAGUUGAGUGUUGAUAGAUCAGACAACAAAUAUCAUCAAUAAUACUAA